UGAUAGAUGAAAGAUAUCCAUACACCGAUGCACACGUGUACGGUCGACAGCCACUCUGUUCAUCCCUCUUGCUCUAUAAAUUGAGCUCAAUAAUCACACCAUUAGACCCACCAAGCUUUAAGCGAAUUCGAUCAAAACACAUUAAUCAUCAAUCUCUUCGAAUCAACUCCAAACCCUCCGGAUCGAUCAUGUCUUGCUGCAGCGGAAAGUGCGGAUGUGGCUCAAGCUGCUCUUGCGGCAGCAGCUGCAACGGAUGCGGGAUGUAUCCUAACAUCGAGACCUCCACUACUGCCACCGUGAUGAUCGUCGACGGUGUUGCACCAAAGAAGAUGUAUGAUGAUGGAAGUGAAGGAAGCUUUGUAGCUGAAGGUGCACAAGGGUGCAAGUGUGGAGGAAACUGCAAGUGUGAUCCUUGCAACUGUUAAGGCUCAUCGACCCAAAUAAACAUCCAUCUUUCAGUUCAUGUGUUGUAUGUCUCCAUGUUUCUCAUACUGUAGUGAGAAAUAAAAUAAUAUCCCAACACAUAUUGGUCUAUUGAACUACUAUGAGUAAUUGAGAAUUAUAUAUAUGCAAUGAUUCUGUAUGAAAGAAGAAUUAACAUGUAUGAAAUAUAUGAUCAUGAUCUGAUAAUCUCUUUACUUGUUUUAAUCAAAAGUUUGUGUUGGUUCGGGUUCAAAUUUUUGGUUUAUCAAAUAUAUGAAUAUCAUAAAAUGACUUUAUAUUUUGAAAUUUGGAUUUUGCAAAGUUA